AUGGUUAGCUUGAGUGAUUUACGUGGAACCAAUUGUACCGAUGCUGAAUGGUAUGAAUAUUGUAAAAUGCCACAAGUUCGUAAUAAUGAAACGCCUAGUGAGUGGAUGAAUCGAAUUUGGCCUCGCUUACAGUAUUUCAGAAAGAAUGAUCUUUUACCUACUGAAAGCAAAAAAUAUCUUGAAGCUAGGAAAUUGGUACUAGGUACAUAUGCUCCUGAAAUCGGAUUAGCAAUUUGCUUCUCUUGUGACCAGUUAAUAUAUACUGGAGAACGGACUGCAAAUAUAGGUAAUUAUAAUCAUAUAGGAAUGGAGAGACAUUGGAAAUUUUCAUGUUCCGGUAAUAAAUACUGUGGUGUAAAUUACGAUGAAUAUUUGAAAAUCAAGCAAAAAUCCAAUUCUGCAUAUAGCGGAGCUAGUGUCUCGACACUUAAUUUUGAUGAUAUGUAUGCAUUACAUCGAUAUAAAUUGUGGAUGCAAAAUGCUAACAGAAAAAUUGAACGUGCUAGAGAAGUCAGUAAAAAGAUCCAGGCAUGUAUUACCAUACAAAGGAAGUGGUUAGAAAUCUUUUACAAACCCGAAGGCAUGACAGCCAAGCAGUUAGCUGAACAUUAUAAAUUAUUAUGGGCAGUUAGGGAAGAAAUGCGUCAAAUUAACAAUGUAUAG